CAGUAUAUUACCACAACGUGGGUAUCGGCUGCUACUUCUACGAGAUGAGGCCCAAUGUUUACCCUCUACCAAUCAACUCUGCUCCAUUCUGGCUCCAUCCAUCCAUCAACGUCACCGACAUGAACACCUGGAACACCACCUUCUACCUCGAACCCAACCCAGAAUACCGGAAUCUGUAUGUCAAGUGGACAGAAAAACCUGUAUACAACUUCUCUCACUAUGAGCUGGAGAUCUGGUACAGUCAGUCACAGCGUAUUAACUGUGUGGGUAAUACCAUUGGUACGCCAGUCACAGUCAUUCCCAGGGACAAGAAACUCGUACUCUCCAGUGUGGGUAAAAUUACCUGUUUUUUUUUCCUGACAUUUGACAUUCUACGGUGAAGAAAAGACACGUAA